AUGAUUCCCCAGCCUGCUCCCCUCGCCGCCACAGUUCUCGGACAGCAGGUUCAAGAGGUCGCCCGACAUGCGCGCAAUGAGCUCCUGGCGCCCCUCAAUGGCAUUGACUAUCGCCACCAUCGUCCCCCUGUAGGCAUGCACGCCGACGAGGUGACUCGCCGGCUCUGGACGCUCCAUACCCGACGCGACGCGAACGAGGUGAUCUCCCACAUCAUCCGCGUCAACAUCGAGGUCCUCCAUCACGUGGGAGCGCAGCUCGACAAGCUGUACCAGGCCUUGAAGAGGCAGGCGGCCGCUCUGGUCCAUCAUUCGACGCAGCCUUCUUCCGACGGUGUAUCGCUGGAAGGCGAAGUCGCCAGACUGCGCACCGCCAUGGAAGAGCACGAACGCUGGGUGCAAGUCCUACGCUUGGAGGUCCAACUCUCUGAGGUGGCGUUGCUGAGGAUGGAGGCGGCGCGGAGGCUCAUCAGUCUGGCGGAUCGACGGGCGCGUGGGGAGAUCACGCCAUUCGAGAUGUAUCAGCUCGAGGGGAGCCCGUUUCACACGUACCAGGCAGCGAGGGCCGAGGUGGUGAGGCUGGUGAGGAGGGUCUAUGAGAUGACGGGGAAUGCCGCCUUUCUUGAGAGGCAUAAGAACGAGCUGUGGGAUGUGGUGGCACAGCAGGUCGAGUAA